AUGCUGCAAGACCAGCAGCAUAGCGCACGAACGCUGUACCACCACACCUGGGCUAUCCGCUUGAUCAACGAACGGUUAGCACAAACAGAGCCAGUCCUAGACUAUGGAACUCUGGGAGCGGUAGUACCCUUGCUAUAUUACAACAUGCUUGCACUUGACCGAGAUUCCGCGGUCGCGCACCAGAAAGGCCUGGUGAAGAUGCUUCUUGCGACGCCCCAAUCCUUUCGAGCCGACAUAGGACCCCUGAUUGCCAUUGUCAAGAUUGCCAUGCUCUCGUUCGCCUGCAUAUAUGACGUGCUCCCUGUCUGGGACUGCUUAUCCUCUGAAUCAGUUCGCCCGAACACCAUCCUUCGGAAUGUCGUGUCGAGGGCCACCUUGAGCAACGAUGAGUCGUCUUUCGAGAAAGAGACUGCAGAUGCAAUAUUGGACGUGUACGAAGCCAUAUCACGGCUUGAUUAUAUAGUCCACGGCGAACGCGGUAGUAUUUCUGCUGAAGUUGAGCGUGCGCUCUCUUUCGCAACCACGAAGUCUUGGACUGGUAGGCCCGAAUCUAGCCUCCCCCUUACUCCGCCAGAGACGCUUAAUGUAUGCUGCCAAAUCUGCUGCGAAUUGUUCUGGAAAGUGCUUCUACGAUCAUCGCACUCUCAACGAGCACCAGACAUGGCUGGAGACCAUGCAGUCCGGCAGCUUCUAAAAUACCUGUCGCAAAUAGAGCCGUUAUACUGGAUCCGCAACGCUCCGGAAGUGUUCACAUGGGCUGCCUUUACCGGCGCGGCUGCGUCGGAGCACCAAGAUACGUGCGUUGCUUUCAUCAGCAAAGCGGGAACCAUAUUGACAGCCAUCGACGACGAAGAACUGACUCUUAUACGGCAAGGGUGGAGGUAUUUCCGCCUGCUAAAAGGUCUUGCUGGAGAUGAUAACUAG